UUGUAUUUAUUUUACAUUCGCUUUGACUGCUUGUUUCAGACGAUCUACAUCAGUGGUGAUAAUGACGUCGGUGGUGAGAUAGAACCGGUACAAAGCCUUCUGACAGCAAGGUUUAGGAAAAUGUUCACGAACACAUUUCCAUCAUCGAAUGACAUCUUCAAGUCUUUGUCACUUAUUGAAGUUAAUUUGAUGAAUUCCGAAGUGACAAACAUCAGAGAGUUCUCUGAUCCGCCGGAGCUGAAAGUGGUCUUGAGUCAUGUGCCUUUCGCAGUUAUGUCCUACGAUUACUCUGGAAAAAUGAGAGGAGAGCUCAAACCCGACCUGAUAUUGAGCGCCCAUGACCACAAGGCUGGAAUUCAUCAUUUAACAAGAUACAGUCAAAAUGUCAAUUCCAAAGAUCUCACUGGCAUCGGCGGUAUUCAAGAGUGGACUAUUGAUGCGAAAGAAAUACUUGAGUUACAGACGCCUACCUGCUCUUAUAGAAUGGGUACAUUCGACGUGGGAUAUGGAUUCGUUCGAAUCGAUCGAUACGUGGACGAUGAUAUGUCAAAUCGAUAUCGAGUGGCGUUUUCGGUUCUUUGGAUCCAUAGUCGAUUCUAUGCUUUACUACUCUAUGCCGCUACAAGUUAG